UGUUAUAAACAACGUAUAAAUAUGCGGUAGAACAGAUAUAUGUGAAUUUUUCGUGGAAUAUAAACCAUUGGCAAAAUGACUGUGACUUCAAGAAAAAUGUCUGUAAAAAAAGAGCAAAGUAGUGAAAACAAAGGAAGUAAUGGAAAAUCUUUUGAGGAAGCAAUAGAAGCCACUGGUUUUGGAAAAUUUAAUAUACUACUUAUUUUUUUAAUCGGAUUAUCAGCUUGGUCUAUUCUAUUUGAUACAUCCAACAUGUCAUAUGUGUUUCCUGUAGCACAAUGCGAUUUAAAUUUAACUAUGAACCAUAAAGGUUUACUAAAUGCAGCCUCAUUUACUGGAAUGCUUGCUGGUUGUUUUGUUUGGGGAAUUUUGACAGAUAAAUUUGGAAGAAAACGCGUCCUAAUUUUUGGAUUCUCUCUAAACUUUAUUGUAGCACUUAUCUGCGUUUUAACUCAGAGUUUUAUAGUGUUGCUAACUUUAAAAAUAAUCUCAGGAUUUUUAAUCAAUGGACCAUCUAAUGCUUUGGCCGCAUAUAUUUCUGAGGUACAUUCAACGAAAUACAGGUCCAGAAUGCAAAUGUUUCUAGGAUUUACUUAUGGAACAGGUAGUCUCUCUUUACCUGCAAUUGCCUCUAUAAUUUUACCAGAGGAUAUACAUAUAACCUUCUUCAAUGGUUACUUUGAUCUCCAUUCAUGGAAUAUAUUUAUACUCGCAACAUCUAUGACGAGUUUGUUUGCCGCCAUUGGCUUUUUAUUUAUGCCCGAAAGCCCAAAAUUCUACAUGUCCAAAGGAGAUAACGAAAGUGCCUUAAAAGUGUUUCAGUACAUGUACAGUUUAAAUACUGGAAACCGUAAAGAUUCAUUUCCAAUUGUCAAAUUAACUGAGGAAAAACAGUCGGAAAAAGAAGAACAGUCUAGUACCUUUUCAAUAUUCAAACCGACUUAUUUGAAGAAUCUUUUAAUAUUAUGCGCAAUGACCUUUUGUCUUGUUACAACGACUAAUACUCUGAGGUUGUGGAUGCCACAAAUAUUACAAGGAAUUCAUGAAUAUCAGGUUGCCCAUAAUGGAUCGUCUGCUUCGUUCUGCGAAGUUAUGAAAGACAUGAAUUCAGUUGAACAACAAGAUCUAAUAAAUUGUAGUGUGAAUUCUAAUAAUAAUCAAGAUGUAUAUUUUAAAUCAAUGGUCAUGGGAGCAGUGGCCAUGGUUACCUACUCUGUGGCCAUAGCUACAGUAAAUUAUUUUGAAAAGAGAAGACUAAUAGCCAUUUUGGGAGCAAUAUCAGGAACUAUAAUAAUAUGUGUAUUUUUAUCUCAAGAUACGCCAACGAUAUUAGGUCUUACAUCAACAGGUCUUGCUUUGAUUGGCGUUUCCAUUGAUGUUAUGAUAACAAUACUUGUUGUUAUUUUUCCAACUUCGAUGAGGGGAACUGCACUUUCACUCAGUGGGAUGUUUGGUAGAUUGGGAUCAAUUGUUGGAAAUAUCAUGUUUCCUGUUCUACUAAAAACAGGAUGUAAACCGCCAUUUUUCUUACUAGGAAGCAUAAUAAUAGGCUCCACUUUGAUGGGUUUGUUGUUGCCUAAAACAAACUCAAAGUCUAUUGCUUAGUGGCAUAAAUAUUUAAUAUUUUUUAUAAUAAAAUGUUUGUCGUGA